AACAUAACCUACUGAAUUCACCUGUGGGGUGGAUUCCUUGUUGGUGUUCAAGUAAGAUCUCAAAUCUGGUGUUUUGGGUUCAAAUCCUACAGAAAGGAACCAAUAACGAUGCUAGUCCGAUGUCUUCGAGGGGUCUCCAGGCGAGCGUGUGCUCAAUAUUCUACAGUGGCAGAGCCAAUCCAAAAAUUGGACGAUUUCCGCACAAAUGAAGCGACGGUAGCAAAUCAUGGCUUGCAGCACUUAGGAAAAUACUACCGGAUAGAGCCCGAAGUGAAAAAGCAACUAUUCACCUAUGGAGGAUUGCCUAAAUCGUUUGAAAAACAAAUCAAAACAUUCGGCGAAACUUGCCUUAUGGUGCGCGAGCCGGCAGUGGAGGUCAUGCAUUACAUCAAAAGCACCGAUUUGAGUCGACCCACCGUUCGAUAUGUGCUCUAUGGAGUAGAUGGUGCAGGGAAAUCCCUCACAAUGGCGCACUUGCUUCAUUUUGGCCUUGAGCAAGGCUUUGUGCUAGUGCAUGUUCCGUGGGUGGCAAACUGGUUCAAGAGACCGAAGGAAACUGCCAGCUCUGGGUCGAAAGAAGGAUUUACAGAUCUCCCAUUUGACGCUGCCUCUUGGCUCGUUCACUUCAAAAACCAAAACGCAUCUAUCCUCCCUAAGCUGGAUCUUAAAGUCAGCAAGGACUACGUGUGGAGUAUACGUGAGACGACCCCGGCAGGUUCGACCCUUCUUGAAUUGAUCGAACAUGGAAUUGCAAGGGUCAAGUUCGCCUCUGAUACUGUAGAAGCUCUUCUACAUGAACUGAAGCAACAUUCGACAGCAGGACGCUGCAAAACAAUGGUUGCCAUUGACGGUUACAAUGCUUUGUUCUACCCCCAAACGCGCAUCUUAGCUGAAAAUAAAGUAGUUGUCACUCCUGACAAAAUUACCCUGACGAAACCUUUUCUAGACAUCACAAAGUACGAUUGGACGAAUGGUGUUUGCAUUUUGAGCGUUGAUAGAAUCGCGUUGAACGAGGAGAGGUGGGAGUCCGAGUUACCUCAAUAUCAGUUGGGAAAGGAGGGAUUUGAACAUGUGGAUCCUUUCGUACCCAUUAAAGUCGACAAUUAUAACAAUAAGGAGUUUCACAGUUGUAUCAACUAUUACUUGAACCGGAGAUGGAUCCAGAAUAGCGCGCCGGGUUUCGAUGAUGAGCUGAAGUACUUGAGCGCGAGCAACCCUUUCAAGUUAAUGAAUAUUUGCGCGCCACUGUAAAUAGUUAGUGAUAGGCAAUAAAAACGUUUAGAUAAAGA